AUGACUGUAAAUCGGCUUUUGAUAUUGUGUUUCUUUCUUCAAUCAUCAGUACAAUCAUUGAUUUAUUUCGUACUAGUGAUAGUCGCAUACAGAAAUUUACGUGAAAAACAAGAAGCGACGGAGGAGCAAUCGUCACAUCAAGUCAUUUAA